AUUCUGCAGCAGCUCAGUGAAGCUGUGGGACGAGAGGAGACGAGGCGGUGCUUCCCUUCAGCUCUGUUCCACUCACACUGCACACACACACACACACACACACACACACACACACACAGACACACGCACACAUACACACACACACGCACAUCCCUCGUUUCCUCAAACUGUGGCUGGACUCAUUGCUCACUUCAUCCUGUCCAGCAGCAUGGAAGUAACCAAAGGAGAAGAGGGUGGGAAUGAACAUCGAUCCUCUUUAUUCGGGACGGCCGAGUUGGAGAGUCAGAGCAGGAACACUGGACGAGGCAAGAGCAUGAGCAAGCGGUGUAAAAUCCUCAUUGGGGUUCUGCUGGUGGGCCUCCUGCUGCUCAUCCUGGUUUUGGUCCUUUCUUGGAAAAGACCCAAUAAUGAGACAGGCGGGGAGUUCUGGCUGCAGACGUUCUCCAACGAAACUCCCCAGCUCCUGUGUCCACCUGGCUUCUCCAAGCCCCCCCUCAUCCUCGUGUCCUUGGACGGUUUCCGAGCAGAGUAUCUGAAAGAUCACAGCAGCCACCUCCCCAUUAUCAGCAAGUUACGAGAACUUGGAACCACAACACCGUACAUGAGGCCCGUUUAUCCCACUAAGACUUUUCCAAACCACUACAGCAUUGUGACUGGCCUUUAUCCCGAGUCUCACGGGAUCGUGGACAACAAGAUGUACGACGUGACCCACAACACUUUCUUCAGCUUGAAAACUGAGGAGAAAUUCGACCCUAAGUGGUACCAAGGGGAGCCGAUCUGGAUCACUGCUAUGCAUCACAAACUGAAAUCAGGAACUUUUUUCUGGCCGGGCUCAGACGUUUUAAUCAACGGCAGCUAUCCAAAUUUCUACAAGAUGUAUGACAAGUCCAUUUCGUUUGAGGACAGAGUGUCGACACUGUUUGAAUGGCUCAGUUUACCUGAAGGAAAAAGACCCGACUUCUACACUUUGUACCUGGAUGAACCUGACGCGUCAGGACAUAGGUAUGGGCCAGGAAGCAAACAGGUCACUUGGGCCUUGGAGCGUGUGGACAAGAUAUUGGGAAUAAUGAUGGACGGCCUGACGGAAAAAAACCUGAACCACUGUGUCGACCUGAUGAUCGUAUCUGACCACGGCAUGGAGGAGGCUUCCUGUGAAAAGGCAGCGUUUGUAUCAACCUACCAGGAAAAAACUGACGACUUCAAGGUCAUCCAAGGCCCGGCUGCUCGCAUCAGACCCGCUCGCCUCCCCGACGAUUACUUUUCCUUCGACUACGCCGGCCUGGUGAAGAACCUGUCGUGCAAGGCCGCUGACCAGCCGAUGAGGCCGUACCUCAAAGAAAACCUCCCAAAAAGGAUGCACUUCGCCAACAACAAGCGCAUAGAGAGAGGACAUCUGUAUAUGAAGGAGGGCUGGCAGGCAGCUCUUAACAGUAAGGAAAUCAAGUACUGCACCGGAGGAUUCCACGGCUCCGAUAAUCUCUUCACCAGCAUGCAGGCGAUCUUCAUCGGCUAUGGUCCGGGAUUUAAAAGCAACACUGUUGUGCCACCUUUUGAAAACAUCGAAUUAUACAACGUCAUGUGUGAUCUCCUCGGUAUUCGUCCCUCUCCAAACAACGGGACUCACGGCAGUAUGAACCACCUCCUGACACGUCCAUUGCACCUCCCAGUUCACCCAGCGCAGCUCUCCCAUGAAUCCCCCUGCGAGACCAGUGACCCCGUCCCCGCUGACGACCUGCGGUGCACUUGCACAUCUCAAACCAAGACACAGGAGACGGAUAUGAACAGGCUUCUCAUGACAACUAAUUCCAGUACCAAAGUCCUGCUGCGUCGCCUCCACCAUCCUUUCGGGACGCCCCGGGUCGUCCAGCCGGACGCCGCCUUCUGCCUCCUGCACCAAUCCGACUACCUCAGCGGAUACAGCAGGGACCGCCUCAUGCCCCUCUGGGUGUCGUACACCUUCCAGCCUCUGACCACAGUACGACCGCUGAGCCCAGAGGUGGAGGCUUGUGUCCGUGCUGACGUGCGAGUCCCACCGGCCGACAGCCAGCUGUGUUUCCCCAAUAGAGACGACCCAGAUCUGUCCUACGGCCUGCUGCAUCCCCCCAACCUGAGCUCCAGCGGACCUGAGUCAGACUCUCUCCUCACGAGCAACAUGGCCCCGAUGUUCCCUGCGUUUAAAGAUGUUUGGACACAUUUCCACGACGUCCUGCUUCCAAAGUUUUCACAGCAGCUGAACGGAGUCAACGUCGUGAGUGGGCCCAUAUUUGAUGAGGACUUUGACGGAAACGUUGAUGUGUUCAUAAAAAAACCCUCGGGGAAUGAUUCUCUCACCCCGACCCAUUUCUUCGUGAUCCUGACGAGCUGCAAGAACUCGGCCCUCAGCCCUUCGCACUGCGAGGGCCCUCUGCUGACCCAGUCCUUCAUCCUGCCUCACAGACGCGACCACACCGAGACCUGCGCUAACGGGUCGGACAUGGCGUGGGUGGAGGAGUGGCUACGCUUUCACACCGCGCGGGUCCGAGACAUCGAGCUCCUGACGGGACUGAGCUUCUACCACGACAGGCUAUCAGUGGAGGAGACGCUACAGCUCAAGACCUUUCUACGUAGCACUUAAAAUCAGAGACGUUUUUUUUUUUUAAAUAAAGUUUUAAUCUUAGAGGGAAGCCAUAUUGGUCUGCACCAACAGGCCUCUGUCCACGGGGACUCACAGUAAACCUGCUCUCAGGGGCCAACGUUUCCUGUUUCCAGACCAUAUGAAUCCCAACAAUGAGUUCCAUCCAUCCGUCUAUUUUUUAUUGUAAUGUCUGAUUCCAAAACAAAUUUUUACAGUUAUUCAAUGUGUGAGGGUCACGUAUUUCAUUUUAGAGAUGAUUGUACAGAGAGUUUAAAUGAGGCUCCGGAGCUUUGAACCAAAGACGCCAUCACAUCUGCCGCACUUCUUCAGAUGGGACUGAAACAAAAGGGAAACGUUUAUCCACGGAAGACGUAUUUUAUACCACAGAUGAUUUCAACGUCAGGUCUUUUUUUUUUUUUUAACACCGUGACGAUCUGGAGACUUUCAGGGAUCCUGCCACACAUCUGGAGAAGUGGAAAAACACCCAAAUCCUCUCGUGAUUGUUUUUGUAUUUUCUUUAUACUGCGCCAAUGUCGUUUUUUUUGGUUUUGUACAUUUUUGGCUUGGUCGGUGACAUCCAUGAAGAGAGAAUUGUUCAGUCGAGUGUGUGCGUGCACAUGUGCAGUUUGUGUAUUUAUGGACGGAUUACGAGGCACAGACGUGUGAAAGGCUUCUGACGUCAAGACACCCAGACUGAAACAGACACAAAGCGGUUUCAUACAACGUGGCUUGUUUGUGUCGGCUGUUGUGCGUCUCUUUGUGAGUUUGUGUGUCAUUUUUUUGUUCUCAGCUGAUUUCCUUUUUCUUUCACUUAUUUCUUUCCUACUUUUCCUUUUUUCCCCUUUCUUUCUGUUCAACAUUUUCACAAAUCUCCCAGGGAAUGAUUCAUUGACUGAAAUGCACUCUUCUGAUGUUUGCAUCUCUUUCUAGAGCUUUUGUGUCUCUUCGUCGUCUUUUGUCUCUGUGGUUGUUUGCAUCUCUUUGUGUUUCCUUCAGUCAUUCAGCAUCUUCCUCUCUUCUUUAGUCAUUAUACAUCUGUCAGUAAUCACUUUGCAUGUCUGUGGUUGUGUCUUCAUACACCAACCUCAAUGUGUUCUGUGCCUCUGUGCAGUUUCUCUUGUGAGCACUGUGCAGGAGAAGCAGAGCCCUCAGGUGCUGCAGCUGAACUUCAGCCGGUGGAGAUGGGGAGAGAUUCUCUGUGUUCACUCAUCUGUCCAUGACUGUGUUGUGUGCAAACGUGUAUUAUUUUGUUUUAUUUGGAGUCGGUACAUAAUAAAGUUCAAAUGAUUGAGCGUU